UCCCAGAGGCCAUAUCACUUCGCACAGUUUUCUACAGCGCCUUCGCAUGGCUUCUACUGGCCCUCCCACAUGGCGCUGGCCACCGAUCGAUGCCUCACGCCCCUCCCUCGGCAGUUCCUCCGUAUCGCUCUCUACCUUAUUCCUUCAUGAUCCGAUCAGGCGGUUCACGGUAGCGAGGCGGCUCCCUCGGUCUUCGACGCGCGAUCCUCCGCCGUCCAUCGAGCACCAAAAGAUCGAUGCCGAUCUCGAGUUCUUAUCCCCGGAAGUGGUCGAAAAGGGGUGGAAGCAGAGCAUGGGAGCUACACCAGUGGCGAGGGAAGCGGAGAUAUUUGCUCCGCUGAGCCGGAGGCAGAGGGCUAGGCUUCGCCUAAAUUCGAUCCAGAGGCGGCCGCUGUGGAAGAGGAUUGUUUUUGCAUCAAAGAAGGUUAGGAGCAUCAUACUGCUGAACGUGAUUACAGUGAUCUAUGCAAGUGAUAUUCCUGUCUUGAAAGAAGUUGAGCAACUUGUAGAUCCAGCACUUUUCACUGUAGUGCGCUUUGCUUUGACAGCAGUUCCUUUCCUUCCUUUCAUGUUAAAGGCACAUGGGGACUCCCAAACUCGGUCUGCAGGAAUGGAGUUAGGUUUUUGGGUAAGUUUGGGCUAUCUGAGUCAGGCCCUUGGACUACUCACAUCUGAAGCUGGACGUGCAUCCUUUAUUUCUGCCUUGACGAUAAUUGUUGUGCCAUUUAUUGAUGGCAUUUUUGGAGCAACCGUUCCAGCCAUGACUUGGUCUGGAGCACUUCUUUCUCUAGUGGGUGUUGCUAUGCUUGAAUAUGGCGGCUCUCCGUGUGUUGGUGAUAUUUUGAACUUAUUAAGUGCGGUCUUCUUCGGGAUUCAUAUUCUCAGGACCGAGCAAAUUUCAAGAAGCACUAAGAAAACGAAGUUCUUGGCUCUUCUUGGAUACGAGAUUUUUGUUGUGGCCUUGUCCUCUGCAAUCUGGUUUAUAUUUCAAAAGUAUUUAAUCGAUGGGGAGGGCGUAAGCCUUGGAUCGUGUACUUGGUCUUAUUUAUGGGAUUCGAUUAUUUCAUUUCCUUGGAUUCCUGCUAUGUAUACAGGCAUAUUCUCUGCUGGUUUGUGCUUGCUAGUAGAGAUGAAUGCUAUGUGUGAUGUAUCAGCUACUGAAACUGCAAUAAUUUAUGGACUUGAACCAGUAUGGGGUUCUGCCUUUGCAUGGUUUUGUCUUGGUGAGAGAUGGGGUACCUCUACAUGGAUUGGAGCUUUCCUUGUAAUCUGCGGAAGUUUAGCAGUGCAGAUCCUUGGAGAGACUGGUAAAAGUGGAAGUAAUAUGGAACGAUCCAAUGAGCAAAAGGAUUUCUCCCUCUCAACGGUUCCUGUAAAUACUAGAAAGAAUGAUUCACACCUCUUUAGAAAACAGGAUAAAUUAUGAUGGGACUGCGGAAAACUAGGCUGGAACAAAUGGAAACAGAGUUCAGGACCAGUAUUAUCUCUUUGAGUCCUUAACUAACGGAAUGAGGAUCAAUACAGUAAAUGUAGUUCAUAUACAUAUAUGAGACUAAUAGAAGAUUACAAAGCCUAGCAUAUCUGAAGGUAGCUCUGUGAAACUACUGUAGGCUUCUUGGCUUCAGAAGGAAACAUGUAGCAGCAGUUGAACACGUAAUAUUAUGGAUGGGAAACAUUAAGCAACCUAGCGUGAUGCUUACAUUAGGGAUACAGUUCUUUCUAAAGCAUCAGCAGAGUUCUGACCAGAUUCUCACUUUUAGGGAAGUGCUUCUCUUCUGUGUAAUGGAAAGACCUCACAAGUAUAUAAUGAUAUACAUGACACUUGAUUAUAGUGUAAUUACAGUUUAGAAGUUUGUUA